CACAUCGACCACAAAAUACAAAGUAGGAGAUCAGCUCCAACUCGUUCUCCUCCUCAUCACCGUCGUCUUCCCCAAUGAAACAUCAGCAGCAGCUGCAAGAUCAUCACAAUGAUGGGGACUCGCCGAAUUCCCCUACUUCCACCAGCAAGAAGACAAAGUGCAUAUGGGACUGCAGCAGCAAGCACCCGGUGUACUGGGGAUUCCAAAUGUGGAGCUUGGGGAAAUGGGUACCCGAAAUCAGGGAGUUGCGCAAGAAAUCGAGAAUCUGGUUGGGUGCUUUCCCGGCCACUGAAAUGGUCGCGCGCGCCCAUGAUGUGGCGACACUCUACCUCAAGGGGAGAUCUGCAAUUCUCAAUUUCCCCGACUUGGUCAGCUCCCUGCAACGGCCAGCCUCUGUCGCGCCGCGGGACGUCCAGGCGGCGACAGCCUAGGCCGCCCUGACGGAUCAAUUCGAUAAGAAGUGGAUGGCGGACGAUGAUUCCGGCAGCGCCUUCGCUAUCUUCGAUGGAGGAAGAUGAUAAAGCACCAGGGGGUUAUUUGUUUGAUCAGAAUACGCAGCUCAGAACUCUUCAACGAAGGAUAAAAUAGAUUGGUAGAAUUUUGCCACAAUCAAGGUGAUUACUUGAU